AUGCCAUCGGUCCUCCCUCAAGUUUCGACUGUAUUCUCUAAUUUAGUCAGAGAUUUACCUCAAGAACUGACCUAAUAAAUUUAAAUUAAGAAUAGGCAGUCUCAAAUUGACUCACUGGUUCAGCCUCACUCUUAAAACUUUAAUUUAAUUCAAAACUCACUCUAUCACCAUCUUUAUAAUAAUAAUUUGGCUCAAAAGGUCUCUUAAACCUUUGAUGAACCUCCAAAUGCUCUUGAAUAGACUCAAUAAUCACUUAGUAGUGGAAAUUGCUAAGAUAGUAAUCUUGUGAAAUCAUCAGUUUAUCAGACAAACAAUUAAUUAAACUAGUAGUAUCUCUAGGCUAAUAGAUCAAACAAUAAUACUAUCAUUAAUACUACUCUAAAUGAUCAAAGACAUAAUUCGUAGAGAGCAACAUUUAAUGUGAAAAUAUUGCCUUCAAUUCAAGAUUUGUCUGAUUCCUCGAUUUUCGAAAACUUAUUAUCUACAUCAAGGAUUCAAUCCGCUGUAUAAUAAUCCAUCUCAAAAGAUAACCUGAAUAAUCAAAUGCUCAUCGAUUUUCUUAAAAGAAUCGAAAGAGAAAAUUAGAUUAUCUUGCAAUAGUUACUACAGAGACAAUAGCAGUCUGUGAAACAAACCAACCAUUUUGAUAUCAAACUAAAGCCAAUUGCAAGAAGAAUAAGCGAUUUAAAAAGUACUAACUUUUAAUCAUCAAAUGAGGAUUCAACCUUGUUCUAAGGUUCAUCAGGAUCCCCAUCACCCAGUUCUGAGUCAAAUAAUGACGAAAUUGAGGGAAGAUUGAAAGAAUCUCAAAUGAAGAGAUCAGAAUGUCAAAAAUCGAAAUAAAAACAUCAAGAUUUGAUUAAUUCCGUAGAAUCAAAUUAAGAUGCUCUCUCAAAGAUUUUGCCUUAUAGGCGCACCAUGGAAAUUAUGAAAUGUCCUCACAAAAACCAGAAACAUUAUGCUAAGGUAUAUCCAUUUUUUACCCAUUUAAUUAAAUUUUAUAGGGAAUGUGCAAUCAUUGCUAUCACAAAUAUGGUAGGAAUAGCUAUGCUGAUGCCUGCCCUCAUACUGAUAGAUUAGUGUAUGCAAAGGGCAAGUGUCAGAAUUGCUAUCUUAAUGAUUACAAUAAGUAAAAACGUCGACUCAACAAGGACAAAUCCAAUUCAGGAAAGAGGAAUGUUUAGUAACUUUCCAACAAUCUGGAAAAUUUAGAACCCAGCUAAAAAAGAAUUAAAAGCUCCUCUAUGCUUUUAAAUAUUUGAACUAUAUAUUUGA